AUGCACUUCCUCGCCCUCCUCGCAUCCCUCCUCGCAUUGUCCACAGCCUCCAAUCUAGCAGGAGGAAAAGGAGGAAAAGGAGGAAGAGGAGGAGGCCAGUUAGGCUACCCCCACCCACCACCACCACCAGUAGCAGCACUAUCAUCCUCCUCUUCCCCACCCGCCUGCACCAAAACCCUCACUCCAACCUCCUAUCCCUGCUGCGACGACAUCGCCGCCCAAACAACAACCAUCUACACCGACUGCGGCGGCUGCGCCGUCGAAACAUUCUCCAAUUUCCCCGCCUGUCGCUGUGCCUCUCCACCCGCUCUAGUCGCCACAAUGACAACAACGGAGACGUUGUGUUUUCCCAGCGUCACAGCCACAGCGACGGGAGGUUUCACCACCAUGAUGACGACCACCGCCACCACCACGGGUAAUUGCACGUCAACCAUUACGAAAACGAAGCCGGCGUGUGGAGAUUGUGGACAUGUGUAUGCGACGACCAGCACGGCGUGGACGAAUUGUGGAGGAUGUGCGGCUUUGGAGACGAAAAUGGUGGAGGCUGGCGGGGCUGGGUUGUGUGCGUGUCCGACGGAGAGUGUGACUACUGUUACUUCUUGUGGGACUAUGACGACUCCUGUUACUCCUGCUCCUUUUGCUCCUCGUCACAAUCUACAACAACAACAACAACAACAACAACAACAACAACAACAACAACAACAACAACAACAACAACACAUUCCCUCCAAGUAA